AUUUUGGCUCCAUGUGAGCUCCUCCGUUUGACAAGAAGGAUGUCAGGUUUUUGGUGAAGGUGACCGUCUUCUUCAGUGAAUAACACCGGUCGGAAUGGCUUCGUGGCGGGUGGCGAGGAGGGCGUUCUGCGCUGCGGCAGAAACAGCGGCUGCUCCGGUGAAAAGCAGCCGCUGGGAGAGACUGAAGAAGAGUAAAGCCGGCGUGUGGUGUCGCAGCAUGAUGUCUGACUACAAAGAAGCGUGCAGGGAGAUGGUUGUUGGUGCCUGGGAGAAGCCGCUCAAAGCCUCAGUGUACGGGGCUGUGCUGAGCGGCGCCUUGGCCUGUUUCUACACAAAACCCGACCGCACGUCCUUCGAGGCCGACCUGCUGGAGCGCUCCAACCAGCUGGGCCUGUUGUCGCCGUGGAUCCGCAGCGGCACCUCUGACGGCCACAUACAGAAUCUGGUGAAGCUCCGUAACGAGGGCCGGCUCCGUCACGCCAGCGUGGGUCUUCUCACUCUGAUGUGGCACGCUGACUACGACCCAGACGCCAUGCUGUAUGAAGCCCAGUGCUCUAAUGUGUCCAUACCCUGGAGGGAGCUCCCUCAGAGGGUACUAGACGUUGGAUUCGCCGGUCGCUGGUGGAUCCUGGACUCAAAGAUGAAGGACUAUGAUGUGAACGAGGCAGAAUUCAAACACCUCCCAGUGCACAUGCAGGUGACGUCGCCGCCCAGCGUUCAGGAGGUGGAGAAGAACGAGAGGUUACACAAAGAGUCCUGGUUACCGCUGACAGUCGAGGAUGAGGAGAAGGAAACAAAUGUGGUGGACAGGAAGGAGAGUGAAGUGAGACAAGUACAACCAGUGG